AUGGGAAGGAAGUGUGCAAGGGAAGAGCGGCGACUGGAGGAUCGAAUCAGUCAACUCUCUGAUGAAAUUCCGAUCGGUAUCCUCUCUUUUCUAAGGCUUGAAGAUGCUGCGAGAACAAGUGUUCUUUCGAAACGUUGGAUUGAUCUUUGGACGUUCGUUCCUAGACUUGAUUUUGAUGCUUCAACUGAUUUGGCUGAGAUUAUGAAAUUGAAUAAUGCAUGGCAAAACUCAAGGCAGCAUUUUGGUUUUCUCAAGUUGAGGCAUCAGAAACGUGAGAAGUAUAUUGAGUGGGUUAACAAGGUGUUGCAAUCACACAAAUCCUUGGAUUUGGAUACGUUAAGGAUUCGCUUUGAUUUGAAUGAGUCUCACCAAGAUCAAAUUGAUGAAUGGCUUAAGCAUGCUUUUGCUAGGAAGAUAAAGAGACUGGAUAUUACCUUGGGUGAUAUUUAUACUAAGAAGCCCUGUGCUUUUCCUCGGAGCCUCCUUGGCUACUUUGACAAUGGCUUGAAAACUUGCCAUGCAUCGCAUGGAUUCAAGUCUCUCCACACUUUGACUUUUAGGUUUAUACGAGUAUCUGGCAGAGUUCUCAAAUUUUUCUUGCGUAACUGUCCUUUUCUUGAAUAUCUGUCAGUGGUGCACUCAAGGUGUCUUAAAACUUUAGAAGUAUGCGGCCCAUCUCUUCCACUGAAACAUCUGGAGAUUACAGACUGUCCUUGGUUAAGUUCCCUCACUAUAAGUGAUUCAAAUUUAGUUUCACUUCACACUACUCAUGGGAACAGAUUGAGGCUUACAAAUGUUCCUAUGCUUGUUGACGUAUUACUUGCUGGAUGGUUUCCUGGUAUGGUUAUCGGUGUUAUUUCCUGGCUUUCCUGCCUCUUCUCCCAACUCGAAGUUCUUACCUUACGAGCCAGGUUUACUGGACCGGAAUAUGAUUCUGAUGUUGUAGUUCCUCAACUCCCUAAAUUGAAGCAAUUUUGUUUAUCUAUCUUGGCAUACGCAGGUUUUAGCCUGAUUCCUUUUACUUCUUUAAUAAGGGCAUCACCCAACUUGGAAAAGUUCAUACUGGACUUGGAUUGGAGGUUUGAUAUGGUUGUAUGGAUUAGAGAACACAAGCGAGCUGUAAACUUUCCACUUGAACAAGUCAAAGAAGUUGAAUUACGUGGAUAUUACGGUCGAACAGCAGCUGAAGUUGAACUUGUUGAGUACUUGUUAGAAAAUGCUAUUGCCCUUCAGAGAAUUGUUGUCAACCCUCAUCAUCAGCCAUUCUGUCGAGGUGUUGUUGCUGCCCGUGACAAACCUGAGGAGCAGGGAAAUGCUAGAAAGUUUGCCAAAGAUCAGUUGGAGAAACUAGUGCCUUCACAUGUUGAGUUGCAUAAGGAUCGCCGGACUUCCACAGCCGGAACUCCGAUACUUCCAACCGCCAGCAUGGUGACGGAUCGAAUUCCUCCGCUCAUAUCCGCGCAGCUCAAUUACCUCUUCACUCACUGCCCUUACUCCAUCAAGGUGGAGCAAAUGUGGUCUGGAUGCAAGAACUCUGCAUUGCAUGAUCGGUUUACAUUGGCUGUCCCUUUUUGCCUCGAUUACAUUCGAUGGGAUAUAAUAUUCGAUGCACUUUAUCCGUUGGCCCAACCAGAUGUAAUAUUUGGUGCGGAUGAUGGAGAUUUUAGGCCGUAUCAUGGCAUCGGUGAUGCGAAAACUGCUUUUACAGAUUGGAAUAGUAGAGACCCUACUCGGCUAUUGUCGCUCGUUCUUGAACUUAGAAAUUUAUAUAGUGACUACCAAAAGAAAAGAGUUGGUGAAGUUGACGAUGAGAGGUUGAAGUUUGAGAUCAGUACAAUGAUAUCAAGAGAGGGAAUCGAAAUGUGUUUGAGUUCAGGGAUUGACAAGCCAGAAGAAGUCAAAUUUUCCGUACCUUUAUUGGAUAUGGAUUUAAACAAAAUGGUUGCUGGAUCCACCUGGAGGCAUCAACAAAAAAUAUUCUUGCAGGUUAUAUAUCCUGUGACUAGAAACCAUUCAACGAAGCCAUCAGCACCGCGGCUGAAGUUAGUUUCUUCUCCAGAGUUGAGGUCAUGGUUUUCUGUUGAAGAUUCCAGGCUUCCAUCUUGGGUGGAUGGCAUGUGCAUGGCUGAGUAUCUGCCAAAUUUAGAGUCGAUGCUUGAUAAUCAGAUUAAAGAGGCAGUUUCACUGAUUGACGUUAGAAGAAAGUUCAUCGCUGCAUUAUCUGGUCUUUUUGGAAGACCGCUUGAAGCCGAUAUGGUCUUUUGUAGGAAGGUGUCAUUUCUGGCUGCCUCUGGUACAUUCACCUUUAUGGUUCAUUUUUCGCUUCCUCUGCAAUUUCCAAAGCAACAACCGCUUGUGAUGCUUCAGAGUUCUCAGCAUUUUAGUGGGAAUGCGCCCAUUAAAUCACCUAUUAUGAAUGGAUACCCAUGGAGUCCCAGGUGGGAAGUGUCGGAAAUGGCUGAUCGGAUUUACGAUUACCUGGCGGAUGAAUGCUUGAACUUCAAGAAGUACUGCAGUGAGGGCACGGUACAACAACGUUAG